AUAUGUUGGUGUUGGUGUUGAUGUUGCUGGAAGCUUCAAUUUGUUUCGCUUUGAAAAUAGAGAAAAUGGCGACGUUUCAUGCCAUCCAGAUGGAUGACCCUCUCGAUAAAAUGAGUGGCCCUUCAGCACACGAUGAUUUGUUUCGUUCGGCUACAGUAGCACAGUCACAACUACAAGUCAGACUUGGCUUCAUCAGAAAGGUCUAUGGAAUCCUGACAGCACAGCUGCUUCUGACAACAAUCACUGCUGGAGUGUUUAUGUACACAGAGUCAAUAAAAGACUUUGUUCAACAAAGUCCUGGACUUCUUAUGGUUGGCAUGAUCAUGUCUCUGAUCCUUGUCAUUGCUUUGAUGGUCAAAAGAAGAGAAGCACCAACCAAUUUCUACUUACUUGCUGCUUUUACACUUUGUGAAGCAUACACCAUUGGAACUGUUGUGACAUUCUUUGACCAAUUUGUUGUCCUGCAAGCCUUCAUGCUUACUGUUGGGACCACCAUGGCAUUAACUGUGUAUACUUUCCAAAGCAAAAAAGAUUUCAGCAACUGGGGAGCUGGGCUUUUCAACAUUUUGUGGAUUUUCAUAUUGGCUGGAUUCAUGCAGAUUCUUAUGCCAAGUGACAUCCUGUACCUUGGUAUGGCGGUUGCUGGAGCAAUAAUCUUUUCCUGUUUUAUUGUGUUUGAUACACAUUUGUUACUCCACAAAUUGUCUCCUGAAGAAUACAUUGUUGCAGCAAUCAACCUCUACUUGGACAUUAUCAACCUGUUUUUGGAGAUCCUCAAGAUUCUUGAUGCAAUGAAGAAAAAUUGACAUCUAUUACACUACCAUAAUUUAGUUAUUAAUUCUGGAGUUGGGGCUAAGUAAGAUAACUUCAAUGUUUUGCUGUUUGAUUUUGUUAAAUGGCUUAACAUAACAUACACACAUUUCAAAGCUUUCAGAGGAAUUUGGACUUAAUAAAGAAAGUCUGUCCAUUUAAGUUGAAUGUUUCCUUGUGGCAGUUGGUUGGUUGCAUGCCAAUUGUCAACAGAGGCGGCUACCUAGAGUGUAGGAUUUUAUGCAAAAAUAAGCAUGAAAUCCUAUGACGGGUUUGCAAAAGCAGGUAGCCAGCAAUACUUGUCCUAUUCACAAAAUAGAAAAGCAUUUAUUAAUAGCCUGUGCUACAGGUGGUUAGGUUUUAGAGCGCUGAAUAAUGUCUACACUUGAAAAUAUUUUUAUUUUCUGGUCUUUAACAAAACAUUUAAGUCUCCUAAUUAUAUGAACUUGUUAUAGUCUUUAUUCGCUGGAGAAAACUUUUUAAUCAGUAAGUUUUCACACGUGGUACUAUCCAGAGUACUGCAACACAGUAUGACACUGCUUUGCUGUAAUCCUAACUUGAAAGAUAUUUGACAAGUAUGUGAAAAUUACAUUAUAAUGUUUAAAAA